GAUUCCACUUAAUUUCUCACUACCUUCAGCAUAUUUAAUCUACUCCAGUAAAAAAACUACCACACUUCAAACCUGGACUGGAUUAUUCUAAACUAAUAGCAGAAUAUUUAAAACCAUAUUUGUGAAAUCUUUAUCUUCAAUAAAGGUUGAUUUCACCACUUUUUUACAGGUUUCAUACCGGUCAUGGGAAACCUGGAAAGUCAUGGAAUUUUAUUUUUUCUAUUUUCAAGACUUGAAAAGUUAUGGAAUUUAAUUUCAGGUCAUGUAAAGUUAUGGAAUUUGCAAACAAGGGCAAAAAAUGCUAUUUUUUCUGUGGUUCUCCUCUGGACUCGAUCCAUUCGGUCUCGGUGUCGGACAUUGACGUCUAGGGAUUUUAUUUCAGGACCACAGCUGUGGAAAUGUCACUAAAUUGCCAGCAUAUUGUCCAGUUUAUUUAUCUUCUUUGUUUUCGCUGGAUGCUAAACAUACAGAUUUAUAACGCGACUUCCUAAUUGCGUGUUUCUGUUUCCGCUGCCAGCCGUCGCCCAACCUUAACUGGCUCGCGGCGCUCUGAGACAUGCGCAGUGUGUCUCGCGGCGCUCUGAGACAUGCGCAGUUUGUCUCGGAGCGGGAGAAAAUGUCCGACUAACCGCGGGUCUCGUGCGAAAGCAUCAGGGUUAGGGAGACAUUUCUGACGAUGGCGGACAACAGAAAGUAUGACAGCGGAGCGCAGGAGAGAAAGAAAAAGAGAAGCGCGACAGGGAGGUGAUGAAGAAAAUAUCCAAGAUAAGUUUUUUUUUUAAACAGAACCACAGUCCCUCUCCACUUCUUAAACGUUAGCCUUGCCAACAGCAGAACCUGGAUCUGGGUCUGAUUUGGUGCCUGCGGAGUCACAGGCGGUAAAAGCUCGAUGUUCUUCGGUAGUCGCAACGAUGACUGGUAAAACUGGAUAAUCCGGACAGCACUGAUCCUGCGUUUAAAAGCUGAUGAGUUGGUGUGAGCUUACUGGGCUGAACAAGAAGCAGAGAGCUGUCAGAAUAUGGAUAUUAAUUUGAAACCAUCGGAACAGGUUUACAGAAAAUCAAAAAGACUCCUCUCCAGAUCGCGCUUUGAAAGCCAUCUGCGGGUGUUGUGUUUACAGGUGGAGCCAACCACACCCAUCUCUCCCAGCACACCUGGAGUCAAACCGUGGAGCUCAGCCCCCGAGGAGAAGCAGGUUCCAGCGACGACGCCCACCACACCCAGCCCGGCGCCGGCCCCCUACCGACCGGCCGUGAUCUACUGGGAUCUGGACGUCCAGACCAACGCGGUGAUCAGAGAGCGCUCGGCAGCCAAUCACCUGCCGUCGCACCCCGAGAUCGAGCUGCAGCGGGCUCAGCUGGUCACUAAGCUGCGGCAGCACUACCACGAGCUGUGCCACCAGCGAGAAGGCAUCGACCCGCCGCGGGAAUCCUUCAACCGAUGGCUGUUGGAGAGGAAGGUGAUUGAUAAAGGCCUGGACCCGCUGCUGCCCAGCGAGUGUGAGCCCGUCGUCUCGCCGUCCAUGUUCCGGGAGGUCAUGAACGACAUUCCCAUCAGGUUGUCCCGCAUCAAGUACAAGGAGGAGGCCCGGAAACUCCUGUUUAAAUACGCCGAGGCAGCAAAGAGGAUGAUCGACUCCAGGAAUGCGAGUCCAGAGAGCAGGAAGGUGGUGAAGUGGAACGCCGAGGACACGAUGAACUGGCUGCGCAGAGAUCACUCCGCCAGCAAGGAGGACUACAUGGACCGCCUGGAACACCUGAGGCAGCAGUGCGGGCCGCAUGUUACGGCCGUCGCCAAAGACUCUGUGGAAGGAAUCUGCUCCAAGAUCUACCAGCUGUCGGCCGAAUACAGCCGCCGCCUGAGGCAGACGCACCUGAGCCUGCUGCAGGACCCCUCCACAGAGACGUGCGCGUCGCCCCCCCAGUCACGGCUCGUGUACUGCUACCCGGUCCGGCUGUCGAUCCCGACCCCCGCCCUGCCCCGCGUGGAGCUGCACUUCGAGAACGACGUGGCCUGCCUCCGCUUCAGAGGAGAGAUGGUUAAGGUCAACCGGGGACACUUCAGCAAGCUGGAGCUGCUGUACAGGUACAGCUGCAUCGAUGACCCUCGCUUUGAGAAGUUCCUGGCCCGAGUUUGGUGCCUCCUGAAGCGAUACCAGGUGAUGUUUGGCAGCGGUGCUAACGAGGGCAGUGGCCUGCAGGGGGCGCUGCCGGUGGCGGUGUUUGAGACGUUAAACCGGCAGUUCGGCGUCACCUUCGAGUGUUUUGCCUCGCCGCUCAACUGCUACUUCAAGCAGUUCUGCUCCGCCUUCCCCGACAUCGACGGCUUCUUCGGGUCCAGAGGGCCGUUCCUGUCCUUCAGCCCGGUCAGCGGCUCGUUCGAAGCCAACCCGCCGUUCUGCGAGGAACUGAUGGACGCCAUGGUGACGCACUUCGAGGAACUGUUGGAUCGGUCUUCCGAGCCGCUGUCCUUCAUCGUCUUUGUUCCUGAGUGGCGCGACCCAGUGACGCCGGCGCUGACCCGAAUGGAGGCCAGCCGGUUCCUGCGGCACCAGCUGAACGUCCCGGCCUACGAACACGAGUACCGCUCCGGGAGCCAGCACAUCUGCAAGCGGGACGACAUGUACUACCGGGCCGUCCACGGCACCGCUGUGCUCUUCCUCCAGAACGACGCUGGCUUCGGAAAAUGGGCUCCGACUCCGGAGCGUCUGGCGGAGCUGACGGCGGCGUACCGCCCCUCUCUGUCUCGCACUUCCUCCUUGUCGUCCCCUGGCCCCGCCCAGUCCGCCCCUGGAGACAGAGACUCCACCCCUAAGGCCUCUGAUAGGACACAGAGCGCAAUGAUGUCACCUGGCGGCCAUGACAGCAACAACAACGGCAGCAGCAGUAGCAGCCCUCAGGACAAGCUCACUGCGAUGUAGAGGGGCGUGGCCUGCAGUGGCCACGCCCCUAAUGUAAAUGUGUGUUUACGAACAUCACCAGUCCCUCACCAGCACCUGUAGCACAUCCUCACCUCUUAUCGGUAAUCUACCACCGCCAUCAGGGGGCGGAGCCUCAUUUAAACUUCACUACGUCUCUUUAGUUUGUUGGCUGCUCUGAUUGGUUGAAGCUCACCUGAAGCUGAAUGAUGUCAGCGUCUGAACUGCUUCAGAGUUCCAGCAGUAAAAUCCACCUGAGGGGCGUCCCCUGAUUGGUUGUUAUGGCAGCUAUCAUGUCUGGGACCCGGGCCCUAUAGCAGGGGGCGUGGCCUCGGUAGCAGAGGGGCGGGGCAUCAGGUAAUCCUGAAACUGUGACAAGUAGUCAUGGAAACGAUAUUUCAGUCCCAAUCCAGUUCUGUGAUUCACACGAGAUUAGAAAAUACAAGCUGUUAAGGUGAGCUUUAGUCUGACCCAGUUUAAUUCACACCAGAUUAAUCUGGAUUAAACCAGAUUAAUCUGGUGUGAAUUAAACCAAAUUAAUCCAGUUUAAUCUGGUGACCUCUCUAAUCUAGUUUGGUUCAGUUCAGUUUUUUUUUUUGAAAUUUGUUUUGAUUUCUUUGAUCCAUUACAAUCUGGUUAGAUCUAGUUUGAUUUGUUUGGACCUACUCUAAUCUGGUUCAUGUUUGUUAGAUCCAGUAUGUACAGGCUUUGGCCAAAUAAAUCUGGUAUGAAGGGAUUUGGGUUGUGUUGGGAUGGGAUAUAACCAGAUUAAUCUGGUUUAAUCCAGUUUAAUCAAGUGAACUCUAAUCCAGUUUAAUUCACACCAGGUUAAUCUGGAUUAAACCUGAUUAAUCUGGUGUGAAUUAAACCAAAUUAAUCCAGUUUAAUCUGGCGACCUCUCUAAUCUAGUUUGGUUCAGUUCAGCAUUUUUUUUAUUUAAUCUGGUUUGAUUUCUUUGAUCCAUUAUAAUCUGGUUAGAUCCAGUCUGAUCUACUUGGAUUUGGUUGGACCUAAUCUAAUCUGGUUCAUGUUUGUUAGAUCCAGUAUAUUCUGAUUUAAUCUAGAUAAAUCUGGUCUGAAGAGGUCUGAGUUCUGUAGGGAUGGGUUAGUCUGGAUUAAUCUGGAUAGAACCAGUUUUAUCUGGUUUAAACCAGUUUUGUCUGACCUUGUCCAUCUUUAAUAGGAAGAAAGCUGACUCCUCCCACUUCUGAGUGCUCUCUGAUUGGCUGGUGGUGGACCUAUCAGGCGCCUGUCUGUGUGUAGAUAGUGUACAGCUGGACUGAUUUGAGGUCUGUUGAUGUUUUGCUGUUGAUCAGUUUUUAUUUGGUCUAAUUUAACCUUUUUAAAGAAAUGAAAUGUGUUUGUGUGUUUUAACCGAACCAAAGUGUUUAUGAUGUAUAUGAGUGUGUACAGUAGAGCCACGUAUGACAGCUGGGCUCCUCCUGCUCUGCAUGAACCCGCUGGAGGAAGUUCAGACCUGGACUAGGUGGUCUCCUCCGGGGUCCUUCCAGCUUCAGUGUAAAUUCAGUCUGUCCUUCGUACUGCCUGCAGAAAACCUGCAGCUUCUCUCCUAGUAAAAAUAUAUCCAGCCCAGUA